AAGCCUGGGAGUGGCAGGAAGGAGGAGAGGCAGAGGAGAAAGAAGAAGAAAGAGGAGGAGGAGGACAAAGAGCUCGAGCAGUUGUACGCGAAUCAGGAUUUUCCUGAAUAUUUACACAACAUCCUUCCAUUUACGGCAGCAGUAUGGCUGAGGGCUCAGUGUCUGUAGCAGAGGUGGAGACCUCCUUCCAGAAGUUUGCAGUCCAUGGAGACACUAAGGCCACAGGAAAGGAGAUGAAUGGCAAGAACUUUGCUAAGAUCUGCAAGGACUGCCACAUAAUCGACGGCAAGAAUGUCACCACUACAGAUGUUGACAUUGUUUUCAGCAAAGUCAAGGCAAAGUCAGCUCGUGUAAUCACAUUUGAGCAGUUCAACCAGGCCCUGACAGAGUUGGCUCCUAAACGUUUUAAAGGCAAAAGCAAAGAGGAGGCCCUUCAGCAGCUCUAUGGUCUCAUUGUUGGGAAGGAGCCUACCAACAUCGGAGUCACUAAAGUGGCAAAGGUGGCAGCAGUGGACAGACUGACUGAUGCCACCAAGUACACUGGUGCGCACAAGGAGCGGUUUGACGAGUCAGGAAAAGGAAAAGGAAAGGCCGGGCGCGAGGACAUCCCAGACACCAGUGGCUAUGUGGGAGCUUACAAGGGCAGCGGCACUUAUGAUGAAAAAGUGAAAGAAGCAUAAUUGGGGUGACAGAUUAUGAAUACUUUGUUUCACCAAUAACCUGAAUUAGGGGUGUUAAAAAAACAACAUAAUUUCAUUGGCUACUCUAUUUUUGGAGACAAAACAAAUAUACUGUAUAUGUCCUGUGUGCCUAGCAUUCAUAACACUUGUUGGAUCCAUGCAAAAACAAUUAAAGAAAAAAACAUAUAAUUGGAGUUUCAAGGUUUUCACAAGUGACAACCAGGAAGGGAAACUUAAAGAAUAAUAUAAUAUAAAGAUAAUGAAAAUACUUACAGAACUUUUUAACGUGUUCUAGCAUGAACAACUGAUAGUGUUCUGUAUAUUUUCAGUGAUUUUACAGAAACCAAAAGAUAAAACUGUACUUUUAACCAAGCAUGCGUCAUAGAAACUAACUCUGCAUUGUAGUUCAACACUGUGGUUUAUCACUGAUGUAGCCGCUAGUGUGAAUGCUGUCAUAUACAAUAAUGUGCUGCUAUUCUCAGUUACCUUGAUGCAAUGGGUGGUAAUUUUGCUGGUUUCAAGAAAUGACAAUGCCACUCCUUCACUUGCUAAGCUUAUCACUUCAUAUUUCAGUGCCUUUUGUUACAUGACCAAUCAGUGCCCAUUAUUAUUCUUUUCAUGGAAUUUGUUCAUAUCAUUAAAUGAAAUUUAUAUUUACAAGUAGAGUAUGUAGAAAAAUGGAACAAGCAGUGAAGAACACAAAAUUAUACUGUACUGAUGAAGCUACAGUACAGGAUACUAUAACAUUGUCUUUAUUCCUUAUUUCUUCCUUGACAACAUUGUGCCGUGAUUCUUAAUGCUCAUAUAAUGCAUCCUGUCCUGUUUUAUUUUGUUCUAAAAUUGAAUCAAUUAAAUCAUGUAUUUUAAGAGAAGUGAAUGUAAAAACUAAACAGAUAAAAAAUGCACCAACAUGACAAUUUUACAUGGAUAUAUAUCAUUAUGUUAUACUUGGGAUGCUACAAUGUAAUGUCAUAACAGAACAAAAUUAAGAUGUUUUUGUUCAUAAUUUGAACAUUAAGUUGAGUAUACAUUAUAAUUUUCUCAAAACCAAUUUUUAGACCCAGACGUUAGCUUUAACAGACACAGUGCUGUGUGGUAUCUAAGCAAUUGUUCAAUUUAAUUUGUGUGUUAUGAUACGUAUUGUACAUACUUGUCUGUUGCAGCCAUGCUAACCAUAAAUCUGUAGACUUUUUUUAAUUGACAACAAUCUGGAUCCUGUCACAAAUUUUGUCUCAUGAUCUUAUAUAUAAUAGGGUACAUGAAAAACCUGAAAAUGAUUUACAGUAUCAUAAAAAUUAAAGAAAACAAUUUCUCAAUGAUACGUUUUCAGUGAAUAACUCUUUAAAGCAAUGAAGGUUAAAGAUAAUAACCAUUACCUAAGCCCUGCUGAUUCCCAGAAAUAGUUGGGAUACAAUUUUACUACACAAAGAGUCCUUGCAGAACAACAAACACAGCAUACACUCAUCCUCCUACCUGGACCCUCCUUGUAAUGUGACACUGAUAGCAUUUAUGGAGGAUACAAAUUUUAGUAAUGCUUAUAGUAUGAUGCAUAUGAUUAAAGAUAGCUUUCCUUCUCUAUAUCGCACACUAUAGAUCUGACUUGAUUAGCAUCACCUGGGUUUUGUGUGUAUACUGCUAUUGAAUUUCAUAAUACAGAGCCUGUAUUGUCAUGUUCAACUUAUGAUUCACUAUUUUCACUGAGAGCUCAAUACAUAAUGAAGAAAUAAACCUAUAAAUGAAUACCAUA